UGAAAAUGGCUACGGCGGUUUGGCUGCAUGGUUCGACUAGUAUGCGGCUCACCGAGGGUUUGGUGUCCGUUUUGAAGGAGGAACGGCCCGAGUAUUUGCCGGCACUUCUGGCGAACUAUCGUGAACAUGGCGGGAUAGCGACACAGACGUCUGGGGCAGCUGGGGGUCUCAUCGGACUCACCAAUGCGCGACUGGGCUCCAGCAAAACAAGGUUCGAGGGCUUGUGUCUGCUCUCAGUGUUGGUGAAGGACAGCUCCAGCGAAGUAUUCCAGCAGCACUGCCUCUCCUGGCUACGUUCUUUGCAGCAAGUCAUUCAGUCCCAGGCCCCUCUCCCCUCCGUCCAGCUGGCUGUCAGUGUGCUCCAGGACCUUCUGCAGUACUCCUCCCAGCUGCCUGAGCUCGCCAGGGAGGUGGGGCUCAACUCCAUCCUGGGGAUCCUUACCUCCUUGCUGGGCCUAAAGUCAGAGUGCCACCUAGCGGCAAUGGAGGGGAUGAUGGCUUGUAUGACUUUCUACCCCCGAGCCUGUGGGUCUUUGAGGGACAAGCUGGGCGUGUAUUUCCUUUCCAAAAUGGACUCCGACAACCCCAAAGUGCAGGAGGUGGCGUGUGAGUGUUAUGGCCGUCUGCCUUGCUUGGGCGGGGUUCUGGAGAGAGGAGGGGGCGGGCGCAGGGCUGAGGGCUGGGCCAAUCAGCUUCACUGCCUGCUGGCCACGGCACACAGCAUACUGGGCCAGCUGUACCAGGGAGCUGAGUCCGAGGGGACAGUGCAGUAUGAGGGCCCAGGGGUUGAGCUCCCUUUCUCCCCAUUGGAUGAGACUGACCCCCUGCUGGUGAUCCAACUCCGACACAGAUACAGGGCUGUGUGCCUUGCCCUCAAACACACUCUCAGCGUGGACCCAGUGUCUCCUGUGCGCCUUCCAGUUCAGAAUGUGUUGAACCUGGUGUGCCGAGCCCUGGCAGUCAGCUGCAAGAGCAUUAACGUGUCUGGUGAUGGAUGUCUAAAGCUGCUGGUCCUGCCCUCAGUCCACAGCGAUAUGCUGGAGCUCCUGUCUGCUGUCAUCACCACGGUCGGCAGUGGGCUGGUACAGUACUGCAAUGUGCUCACGAGACUCUUCUCCCAGAGUCUGUCUGCCUGGAGCCCCCUGCCCGAGGCCAGCCUAGGACAGCAGAGGACAUACAGUGCUGUGCGGGUGUCAUUGUACCAUACGCUGGAACUUUGGGCACGAGUAGCAGGGGCCUCUGCUGGUGUGCUUCAGGGAAGCUCCACCCACUCAGAACUUUUAUUGGCCCAUCUACUGGGUGACAUCACACCGGGGGCAGACUCUGUCAAGUUGCGUUCAGGCCAGACAGCUGUGUCUGAGCUCAUAGGGCAUGCUGGGAAGGCUGGACCAAGGCGGGCAAAGGGUCUGGGUAUGGGCGAGGGGGGCGGAGUCUCACUGCAGAGGAAGGGAGAUGCACUAGCCAAUCAGGAUACCUGUCUGUCAGCACUGAGAGCUCUGAGACAGAUCAUCCUGAGCAGUGGCACUCUGCUGAAGGAGGAUAUUCACAAGCGGCUGCAGGACCUUGUGCUGCCCCUCUGUGUGCGCCUGCACCAACAGCAGCAGUGUGGGAGUGAGGUGGGAGGCGUUAGCGGCCAGUACGGCAGCGCCCCCCCUCGCCGUGAGCUCUACCGCCUCCUGCUGGCCAUGGUGCUGGCGCCCCCACCACGCUGGCCACCUCCACUGACCUGCGCUGUGUCCAUAUUCAGCCACGGCCGCAAGGACCGCAGCUUGUUGGUGUCCUCAUUUUGUGCAGAAGCACUGACAGUGUGCAACUCCCUCCUUCACCCCCGCACCCCAUCUCUUUCUCUCCCCCUACCUCCUCUUACACUCAAACACACAUCCACAGCUCCUACACUCGCCCCUUCCCAAAACCCUGCCCUCUCCCUCCCAGCCCUCCUUGGGGGCCCCACACAGGGGGCUCCCUUCCCCGCCCGCCACCCCCUCAGUCUGGGCCCAGCUGGCCUCCUUGGCCCCCUGGAGAACCACCUCCCCCUGCCACCCUCUGUCCUGCCCCCCCAGACGGGCCCUGCCCCCACCCCAGGAGACCUCCUGCUGUCCCCUCCCCAGCCGGGGGAGCUGGCCACCCUGGGUGCCCCCGAGGGCCACAGGCCCGUGUUCGUGCGCUACGAUAAGGAGGAGGCAGAAGACGUGGAGAUCUCCCUGGAGAGCGACUCCGAUGACAGCGUGGUCAUUGUUCCGCAGGGAAUGCUGAUGCUGGAGCCGCAAGACUCCGCUGGCGCACAGCCCAUCCCGCCCCCACCAGGGGGCACCGUGCCAGCAGGGGGUGACGCAGGGGCCGUUAACAGUCCACUCCCCAAUGAGCUGCCCACCUCCCUGCCCCACCAGAUUCUCCCCUCAAACACUAACGCCAUCAACACCUUCCCCGGCCAGAGCCAGGCUCAGCUCGUGUCCCUGGUGCCCCCGCUCAACUCCACUGCAGCUCAGCUAACAGCUCCCCCUGUAGGCCUGGGGGACUCGCUGCCAGGCGCGCAGCUGCAGCAGAUGCUGAUGCAACCAUCGCCGGCUGGGCAGCCCUCACAGCUGGGCCUGCCCAUGCAGAUGCAGCUGCAGACGCAGCUGGCGCAGUCCGGCAGACAGCUGCAGCAGCAGCAGCAGCAGCAACAGCAGCAGCAACAGCAGCAGAUGGCGAGCGAAGAGGACCUUGCUGUCAUCAACAUCAACAGCUCGGACGAAGAGGAGGAGGAGGACGAAGAGAUGGAGGAUGACGAUGAACUCGGGGAGGAAGAGGAGGAAGAGGAGGAAGGGAUGGAGGACGAGGAAGAAGAGGAGGAGGGGAGCGACUUCCCAGAGGAAGACGAAUACUAUGGAGAGGAGGAGUUUGAGGACUACGAGGAUGAGGAAGAGGGCAUGAUUGAGGCAGAGGAGAUGGAAGAGGAGGAGGCCGAAGGGCUGCCGCCAUUAGAAGGAGAGAGCCGGAGGGCUCUGCUGGGCAAGGAGGAGGGCGAGGUGCUGAUGGGGUCUGAGGAGGAGAGGGGGAUGGGCAUGUUCCGCGUGGAGAGAGAGGGGGAAGCGGACACGGAGGUGGAGAGAGGGAGUGGUGAGCUAGAAGGGGGCCACGGAGUCUACAGGCAGCCUCUGGAGUCCUCUGAGGGGACCCAGGAGGAGGGGGUAAAGGAGGAGGAGAGGAGAGAGGUGGGGAUUGUGGAGGAGGGGAAGGACAAAAGCAGAGAGGGAGAACAGGAAAGCGCAGCUGUCCAGGAAAGCCAAGGGGACCAGCGGCCACAUGGACCCGCUGGAGAGGUCACUGGAGAAGGUGGUGAGCUUGUACAGGAGGUGGGGCCUGAGCUGGGUGGACAGGAAGUGACCUCAGAGGAGCAAGGAGCCACACAGGAAGGGGAAGUGGCCACUGUAGAGGAGACUGUAGUCAUCCGCCACGAAGGAGAGGUGGAGUCAUCGCCAGGAGCAAGGCUGGUCAUGGAGGAGAAGAAUGGGGCAGAGCAGAUGUCAGAAGAGCCUGGGCCGGUACAGGAGGAGACACCCAAACAGGAAGGUGAGACCCCUGAGGAGGAAGUGAGGUCAGCCGAGCAGUGUGGAGAGGGCAGGCCUAGGGGAGCAAAAGAGGGUGAAGAAGAGGGGGAUGAUGAAGAUCUCCGCGGAAUGAAGAGAAAACGAGAGGAACGAGAGGAAGAAGUAUCAGAGCAGAGUGUUGAGAAGAAAAAGCUGGACGAGGAAGCCAUGGCCUCCAUGCUGGCCGACUUUGUGGACUGCCCGCCCGACGAGGAGGAUAAUGCCCGCUCCCCAGCGCACUCCUAGGCAACAGGACAGCGUGGGACUGGCUUGGUCCAGAAACACACCCUAAAGCCUGUGCCAGUGGCCUGCAGCCCUGUUCCUUGGGGGCCCCCAGUCUUAAAGGUUUUCCAUGUCUCACUGCACACUGUCAGUCACUGAAUAUGUAGGUCAGGUGAUCAUUUGGUCCAGCUCCACCUUAUGAUCGAUCUAACAAUUCCAAGGCUAAAACGGAAGCCAGUGCAGCUUGUUUAGGUAUAGGGUUGCAGCCCACUGCUUCAAUCAUGAUUGGACUGGACUUGCGAGGGCGAUUUUAACACCUGAGUGGGAGUUCCUUAUGCACUUAACACUUAGGUUAAUCGAUUAAGAUCAAAGUAAGAAGAACCGGCAGUAUGAAAAUGGAUUUGGUGGAAUCUGUUCAUCUAGAAGUACAAUUUUAAAAAGAGACCUGUCCCAGCUCUGUGUGUGUAAGUCUCGCAGUAAUGAGGACCAAAGCAUUUUGGCUUUUCUUUUUUUCUUCUUCAGAAAUAUCCAUGUAUCCUGGCCAUGAAUUUGUUAAACUGUGUAAGACUUCUUGAAUGGACGAGGGAAUUUUGCAGGUCAUCACCACUCACUUUAAUGCAUCAAAAGAAUCCCUUAAAGAGAUAUCGUGAUACUUCAUACUGCUCUCUGUUGUUAUUAGGUUGACAGAAUACAGUCUGUGGUUACCUACUGGAAGUCACAUGACUUCCCACCUGUCUUUUUUGGGCAUUGGAUUUUACAUAAGUAGUGUUAGAACUAUGACAUAACAGUUAAUAUGUUUAUACUGGGAUUUUCAGCCCUGUAUUAUUGAAGUCACAGUCACCCUGGGAGUGUAAUGAAUGAACACGGUCUUACUACACUAUACCAAGCUCAGUAAUGCGUUGAAUAGGUUAGG